AUGCCUUCUAAAAGCUAUCCCGUUACCAGAAGCGGCCCUGUAUUCAAUGCCAACCGCAGCAGCCAUCGAUCCACGUUCAGCUGUCCAUUACCUACUAUGACUGUAUGUGAACAUGAUGAUGAAGACAACAACAACAUGAAGAGCAGCUGCGGCGUUCAAGUGGAGCAUAAUGAGCAUGCAACCACAACCACCACCAACGCUCUAUAUGACGAUGAGAAUGAAACCUUUGGUGAUGUUUUAAGCCGCUCUAUAAGCGGUUUCCAUCGACAUCAGCUACGAAUGCAUAGUUAUCGCAGACAGGUCGAAGCAUGGGAAAACAGGGCCCAAGAUCGUUCUUCCCAAAAUGAUCCACAAUACAGUGUUGUGGUACACUUUCGAAAACUGAAAGGUCAUCAAUCCUUUGCUUUGACUCCAACUCAAGUGAAAGAUUUUGCUACCAAGUUGCAGCUGACACAGCAAGAGAGGAUCCGGUUCAAUGGGGUGCAUGAUACCGAUUCCUUAAUGGACUACCUGCACAAGACCAAGCGAGACUAUUCAAUCAAGAUCCAUCACCACCACAUCAAAGAUGACUAUCCUGAUAUUGAAUCCAAGGCCGAUCAAGAUAUCAUAGAGCUUAAUGACAACGUUUACAUCGAGUUUAGGCUGAGGAGAACGAACAUGCUUCCUCGUCCAGCAGUUGAAAUGACACGAAGACCCUUCUUCCGGCACCCUGAUCCAGAUCUAAGCGCUGACAUUGGGCAAGAGAAAUCAGCAUCAUGGUUGGAGCUCUUUUAUGAUCUCGUUUAUGUUGCCUCUUUGACAGAGUUUACGCACGCCCACGUUAUCAAAGAUUUUGCGACUCUGGGAACGUAUACGGAGUGGUUCGUCAUUACCUGGUGGGGAUGGUUUGCAAGUUCGCUGUAUACUGCUCGCUUUAAUACAGAUGACGUGGUGCAUCACCUGUGGAAGCUAAUAGAGAUGUGUGCUGUCAUUACCAUGGCUAGUACCUCGACGUACUUUUUUACUUCAUCUUCCUAUGUAUAUGGGUAUAUUGCUCUGAAAUCUGUACUUGUUAUUGAGUAUGCCAUUGUGUUUGUGGUUGCAAUCUCUACACGUUCAAGGGCGAGGAUUCCACUUGCAUUCUAUGUCGGCGCCAAUAUUGCUUCAAUCAUUUUGUGGGCUUCGUCUAUUGCCGUAUUGGAAGAAGCAACGCACCGCAUUCUUUGGUACACUGGCAUCCUUAUCGAGAUACUGGUCAAUGUCAUUAGCCGGCGUGACAAGGCGUUAUCAUGGGCUGCAAGCAAUCUCGCCGAACGGCUUGGUUUACUCACUUUGAUUGUGUUGGGUGAAAAUCUCAUCGGCUUGAUCGCUUUGGUGGCACUUUCAGGAUCAAUCAUUUGGGUCACGGUCGCCAACUGGUUUGCAGUUAUAAUCAUCUUUGGCUUUUUCUUUAUGUAUUUCGAGGACUUUAACAAGAAUGUCUUCUUACACAGUAAAUUUCACCAGAUAUGGGUGUAUUUGCACUUUCCCCUGCACCUUUGUCAGAUAGCUUUUGGGAUCGAGCUCAUCAACAUGCUAAAGCUGUAUCGUGCUGAGCUUAUUGAUGACGGCUAUAUAUCAUCAACAUCCACAAAAGACACUACCACGGCAUCAUAUGAAGGAGGCAGCACCACCGACACUGCUGAAGCAUAUAGCCUUGCUCGACGUGCUAUCGAAUCAAUCCCAUCUUCCACCCCGUCACAUGUCAACAGCAAUCCCGUGGCUCUGGAUUUUACACAACCAAAGCCAUCCCAAACGGCACCAAUGUCACUGGCAGGUUACUUCACGCUAUUCAAAUACGCUGCAAGCAUCACCACGUUGGCAACCUUGCAGGGUCUUAGUACCGAUAGCCUUUUAUCAGCAUCACCCAUACUUAAUCAAGACCAAGGAAGCAUGCAAACAAUGCAUACCUAUGAUAGACGUGCUCCAGGUGAAAGUGAACAUACUCGUGAAGAAAUGGUAUUCAUCUACAAGAUCUUCCUUAUCAUGGGUGGCGCUCUUUUGGUGCUCAAUUCACUGAUUAAGCUGAUCAACACGAGGGUAACAGAUAUCUAUGGCCGCAUCAUUAUAUGCUCUCGGAUUGUGAAUGCUGCGGUGUUAUGGUGCUUGUGUGCAUUGCCGUUUUCAGGAUUGCAUCCACUUAUCCUAAUUGGUAUCACAAUGGGAUCCAUCGUUUUCCAAGGCAUUGUUGAUCUCCUCGAUUAG